CUUCGGAGAGACACGUUAUACGGGUUCGUCUUGAUUAAAAAAAAAAAAACGGGUUCGUCUUCCUCAUCUCAAAGGUGACAUCCCCCCCACCCCAAAAGAAAUAACCUUCAAAAGAGCGAAGAGGGUCAUCGAAAAAAGCAACACACUUUGAGUAGCAAAAAUGGCAGCAUUGGAGGAACUAAAGAAGAAGCUUUCUCCUUUGUUUGAUGCUGAGAAGGGUUUCUCUUCAUCCUCAUCGUUAGAUCCUAACGAUUCAUAUUUAUUAUCAGAUGGUGGAACUGUUAAUUUGCUAAGUAGAUCAUACGGAGUUUACAACUUCAACGAGCUCGGCCUACAAAAAUGCACAACUUCUCUUGUUGACGAGUCAGAGAGUAGCGAGACGACGUAUCAAUGUGCUUCCCAUGAAAUGAGGGUCUUUGGAGCUAUAGGAAGCGGAGCUAGCAGCGUUGUUCAACGCGCUAUUCAUAUCCCCAAACACAGACUUCUAGCCUUGAAGAGAAUCAAUAUCUUCGAAAGGGAGAAAAGACAGCAACUGCUUACAGAGAUACGGACGCUGUGUGAAGCUCCUUGUCAUGAAGGACUUGUGGACUUUCAUGGAGCGUUUUAUAGUCCUGACUCUGGACAGAUCAGCAUAGCUCUUGAAUACAUGGAUGGAGGAUCUCUUGCAGAUAUCUUGAAAGUGACUAAGAAGAUACCUGAGCCUGUUCUUUCAUCAAUGUUCCACAAACUCUUGCAAGGAUUGAGCUACUUGCAUGGAGUUAGACAUCUUGUCCAUAGGGACAUCAAACCUGCAAACCUGCUUGUAAAUCUCAAAGGGGAACCAAAGAUAACUGAUUUUGGCAUAAGUUCUGGUCUUGAGAACUCAAUGGCUAUGUGUGCUACUUUUGUUGGAACUGUCACCUACAUGUCACCAGAGCGGAUUAGGAAUGAUGGUUAUUCUUAUCCAGCUGAUAUAUGGAGCCUUGGUCUUGCUCUUUUUGAAUGUGGCACUGGAGAGUUUCCAUAUAUAGCUAAUGAAGGUCCUGUUAAUCUUAUGUUGCAGAUCUUGGAUGAUCCAUCACCAACACCAUCAAAACAAGAAUUCUCACCAGAGUUCUGUUCCUUCAUUGAUGCUUGCCUCCAGAAAGAUGCAGAUGCUAGACCAACUGCUGAUCAGCUUCUGUCACAUCCUUUUAUUACAAAACAUGAGAAGGAAAGUGUAGAUCUGGCUGCUUUUGUCCGAAGCAUCUUUGAUCCAACUCAAAGACUGAAAGAUAUAGCAGAUAUGCUCACCAUACAUUAUUACUCCCUCUUUGAUGGAUAUGAUGAUCUUUGGCACCACGCUAGAUCUCUGUACACUGAAACUUCUGUUUUCAGUUUCUCUGGAAAACAAUACACAGGCUCUACAGAAAUCUUGUCACAAUUAUCAAACAUUCGCAACACAUUAGCAGGAGAUUUGCCAAGUGAGAAACUCGUUCAUGUCGUUGAGAAGCUUCAAUGCAAGCCACAUGGCGUUGGUGGGGUCAUGAUUCGUGCAAUAGGAUCUUUUAUUGUGGGAAACCAGUUUCUGAUAUGUGGUGAUGGAGUUCAAGCAGAAGGGCUUCCGAGUUUCAAAGAUCUCGGGUUCGAUCUUGGAACCAGACGCGUUGGUCGGUUUCAAGAACAGUUUGUUGUUGAAUCUGGUGAUCUCAUUGGUCGCUAUUUUAUAGCUAAGCAAGAGCUUUAUAUUACAAGUUAAGAUUGUAAACCACGCAUGAGAUAAAAAAAAUGUUGUUCUCUUAGUGUAACUAAGCUGUAAUUAAUUAACUUGUUCAAUUAAACGUUCAAACGAGAGAGAAUGUAAACCUAAAAACCUAUUGUUUUCUAAAGUAAAUUGUAAUUUUUGAUA